GUUGGCACAAGGAAAUCAUAAAAUUCAUAUCAUAUUGCAAGACUGACAGCCAGUGAAAAAAACAUUAAGCUCUUAUUAAAUUCUUCUGGUAAUAUAAGGUACAGAAUUAUUGCAUCUUGUCGUCGCUAAGAAUUCUGAUCACAGCUUGACACUUGUUGUGUAUUUGUUGUGAUAGAUAUUGUUAGUUAAUUUAAUUAAUUAUUUAUUUUCUGUGACUAAUUAAUUAUAAUGAGACUAAUAUUAAUGUAACUUUUUCGAACUCCCAACUAGGUCUUCUGGUCUUCUUUAAAAAAUUAAGAUAAUUAGGAAAAAGGUAAAAAAUAGGCCUAAUCCGGCUUUUGAGCCCUGAAAUUAACUAAUAAGCCCACCUACCCACUGUUUCACUUUCGUCCAUGCCAAGCAAAACUUCUGGAGUUCUAACCCUGAAUUAUUAAGGGCAAGGGCCAAAUUAAGCCGCCUAAGGCUUUAAUUUAACUUUACUUUAAGUUUAAUACAUACUAAUAAGAGAAUUAUAAAUAAAAUUAUAACUAGGCAUGGCAUAAAUAUGAAUAUGAUGAUGACAACCCCCUUCCCCACCUCCCGGCACUGUGUUACCGAGAUAAUAAUGGAAGGCAUAUUGUCAAUAUUGUACUAUUUUCUACUUGCUGUUGCGAAUUCUCAACAUCUAUCUAAUUUUUACGUAUGGAACUAAAUCAGGUUUUGAUGCAUUGUAUACCAAAAAGAAAAUUACAACUUAACACAACCUUUAACGCCCCUAGCUACAAAAGAAACUUAUUUUCUAAAAAUUUUAAAACAUCCUUCAAUUUAAAUUAACGGUAUGGGUUUUGCCAAGAGUUUUCUCACUCUAGCCCUAAGCACAGUGACGUCACAUUGGGGUAUCCCAACACUGGACUAAGGCUAAGGGUGAAUAGAAAUAUUCUUUGAAGGACCGGAACGAUGUGUGUUAUAACAUUCCUGUUCUUUAUUGAGCAUUACUCGCGUCAUAUACUCGCGUCAUAAACAAUACGGUUUAUAUAAAGUAUAUUGAAACAUCGGUGAGAAAAAAAAAUAAGCCUGCCAAAAUUGCUGUAUUUUGAUUAGUUGAAAUCAAAAUACCCAUAUGUUGAGCCUUGGUUAACAAAAUGAAGACUACUGCUUAAAUUGCAUUUUGCUUAAAUUGCAUUUGGAAUGAUCUUCUAGGAGCUGGUGAGGGGAGACCCGUCCCCAAACCCCUCUCCUCGCUUUAAAUACCAAAAUAAGAAACCUAAAAAUUCUCUGGGGCGGGGAGACCCCUCCCCAAUUUAACAAAAAAUAUAAAAUAAGAAAACAACAACUUGCAUUAUGCAAAUACAAACAUCGAAAUCUUUUUAGUAUGGCACUGUAGACGGAAAUGGAUCUGGGGGAACUUCCGUGACCUAUAUACCAUGGAACACAUCUUCAGCCUUACCGCUAACUCAAAACCAGCCAAAUAUACAAUCCACUUUUAAGAUAUUGGUAUAUUCAUUUUAAAAAAUGUAUCAAACCAUUGCGUCAAUCCUGAACUAUAUCAUUGGCAAUUCAUUAAACACAAAAUUCUUAUAUCUAAAAUCUUAACCAAUUUUCAUGUCUGUAACAGUCUUAUAUUUCUUUUAGAAUUGUUAUUUAAUUUCAUACAAAUUUUAAAGAAAAUCCCAGGCUCUCGUUCAUGUCCAGAACUGUAUUUUCAUUAAAUGAAAAGAUUAAAUUUUCACGUAUGUCUGUAAAAUGAUUGGGUUCUGAGUUUUUCUAGCCAGUAUUUACAUUGUCCCUCUCUCUCUAUCGCACUAGUAAUGUAUUUUCAUAAAAUGUUUACUUUACACAACUGGUAUUGAAACAAAUUGUUAUCCUCGUAUAUAUGAGCCCACCUAUUUUCCUCACCCCUUAACUGCAUCUUUGGAAAAAUAUCAAUGUCCUUAGUUUCAGAAAAAACUUUAUCCACUAUUUUAUGAAUGGUUGUGGGUAUACAUAUGUAAAUGUACCCACUUUUUGACAAAGGCUGUGAACUAUAUCAUGAGAUAGUUGUAUAACACAUUUUUUUUUUCCAUAAAAUCUAAAACCUGCUUUCACAAUUGUAAUAUCAUCCCCCCCAAAUUCUUUUCAGAAGGUUAAAAUAUUAUUUCAUUUGUUUUAAAACUAUCUAUGAAGCAGUGCCAAUAUCCUGUCCAUAACAUAAAAUUUUGGCUUUGCAAUAUAUCUAUACUUAUAAAAUACACCAACCCAUCCUGUGACGUUUCUUGUACUGCCUCGGGGUGAAAUCCAAAAAUCUUCACUCUUGAAAUGUAAAAAUAGACAUUGGUCUCAUAUAAAGUUCACAAUUUCAGUUUAAAUAUCCAUAUACCAGACCUGUUUACUCUUACGAUUUUGGCACACAAUGUAAGACCUUGAGACGUCUUGUAUGAUUGUACCCCAAGACCUGUUACAAUUAGGAUUUUAAGAAACUGGGUUGAAUAUAUAUACAUUCCGGUAGUUUUUCAGAUUAAAAAAUAAUAUUUAAAAAGUAGAUUUUGUUUUGUUAGUUUUAACCUGCUUACUACAUCCAGCAGUGAAAGGAUCAAGAAAUAUGAUUGUUUGGGGACCAAAUAUUAUGUUUGCUCUGAGAGGUGACGGCUGUGAUGUUAAUAGAAGAUAUUGUGUACGGUAGGGGUGGGGGGUCUAAAUAUUUAAGUCUACAAAAUUAACACUGCUACAUUUUCGUAAUGAUAGUGGUAAUAGUCAUAUUGUUGUUCUGUAUUUUUUCAUAAUGAACUUGGUAGACACGGCAACAGUAAUAUUAGUGUAAUCGCCUUUGUGACAACUUUAUCAAUCCUCGCUUUUCUUUUCUUUGGGGCUGCAUGACGUAAUUUUGUGACAUAAUUUUUUUCAUUGAGCUGAACCGCGGUGAGUACAGAAACAGAACACUAGAGAAUGAAUUCUGAUCUGGUCCAUGCAGCAACAUUAGAUUUUGACUUAUUUUAUAAGAUCUGAGAGGGCUGUUGAAAUCUAUUUUUAGAAUGCACAAAACAUCUGUACAAUGUUCUAGACUCCCGUUUGGUACCAAAACUCCCUCCUUUCACCCAUUUAGGGCUUGUAAUAGUUAUCCGACUAUAAUACAUUAGCGGUAAAUAUGCUUAGUGGAUACUGAUUCUUAGAUUUUUUAAAUUAGCUUUUCCUAAAUUAAAAAUCUCCAAUUACUUGGUAGGUUUUUUAAAUGAUGUCAUCACUUGUUAAUUAAUUCUUGUUUCAAUAAAUUUUAUUUUAUUCUGAUCUGGCUUUGAGUUUACACCACGUUAAAUUUCACUUGUAACUUUAUUUUAACCAGUGACAAACUUUGAUACCCGCUAAUGUUAUUUGCAUGGUCACUCAAUAUAAAUUAAUAUCUAUAGCAAUAAGCAAAUACUUAUCUGUGAAACAAAGUGACUGCAGAUUGUAUUAUAACCGUCAGUCAUCUACUUUUAGAAGAUCCCUGUUUUGAAGCCAGCUUAACUCGAUCCCACUAGACAUGGGAUGCGAGUAGUUAUUGUAUAUACUGUAUGUUUAUUUAUUUGCUAUUAAGAUACUGUAUUUUGCGAUUUGAGAUGAUAUUGUACGAUUUUAGGAGUUUGAGGGUAAACAGGUCUGAUAUACCAAUAUUCAAGUGUGUAAUUUUUUUAGGUUUUGGGAUACUGCAAUGACAGAAAGGACAUCAGCCAAAUACAUUGAAAACUAUUUAACAAUACCACUUCCCACUUCACUCACCCUUGAAAUGUUAAAACAGAAGAUGGUGAAAUAAGUACCAUAAGAUUUUGGUUGUAAUAAUUAAAUUAGCUUUCAAAUUAAUAAUAGUAAUACAAGAAUGAUAGUAAAGUAUGGCAAAUUUCUUUCAGACAAUAUCUUAACUCUCACAUUCAUAGAAAGGCUUAAAAUAAUUUUUGUAAUUAUCAUAUUAAAUUUAUUGCCAAUCCAUCAUAACAAUAUUUACAUAUUGUUACGUACCGUUACAUGUUUUGAAAUUUUUUUAAUGUUCGGAUCGUUGGGUGAAUAAUACUUUUUUAAAAAAAAGGACUGAAAACCAAUACACAAAGAAAAACGCAACCAAAGCUGGUGAUAUGAGCAAUGAUUUCAUUGUAUGUUUAUUGGGAGUCGCUUAGUCACUUCCUUGUUUGGUCACGUGAUGAGAGCAAGCCAUCACUAGGCUGCUACACACAACAAAAGAUACUUCAUCAGUGCUUCCCCAAUGUUAUGUUGCUUAAAAAUUUUACCUUUCGAAAUAUUCUGGAAUACAUGCGUUUUUUAAAUGAAACACAUAAAUGUGACAAUAAAUAUACGUCAGUUAUGAUUAAAGGAAGAAAGUUAUUUCAAGAAAAAUUUGUGAGCGAUAUUCGAUGGGAACUAUCAAUACUAUCAUCGGCAGGCUGUUGUUGAGGUCCGUGCGUGCCCAUGACGUCAUUUGCGUGUUUAUUCAAUAUUGGUGCGGCGAAGGAAUAUUUUAAUAACCGGUUGGAACAAGAUUUCAUGUGAAUAAUUAACGAAGAUCCACUUUUUCAAACCAUUGUCUUAAAACUUCUUUAUCCUUAAGCGGAAACUUAUGCAGACUUAUACCGGUGUCCUUAACUUGACUGUUUGAACAGCCAAAAGCCGAACAUUGCCUAGGCAUCUUGAAUUUCUAGUUGUAGUGUGUAACGGGCUACUGUUGUCAAGCACUAGUGUGUUGUAUACAGCCAACCGGAAGUCUUACUCGUUUUUACUCUCAUCACAUGACAAAUUAAUCGACCAAGCGACUCCCAUUUGAUAUGAAAAUACAAAGUCAAAUAAACAGAAAUAAAAACUAUAUUAACUUACAGCACAGCAAGUGAAAAAGAAUUUUACUAGAAGGGUACAAAUAUUAAUCCUUGGACACAUUGAAAAUCUAGUAGUUCUUGUAGGUCUCCUGUAAGUCUGCCGGUCACAGUCGGUCAGCAUAUUUUCAGUGAGGAAGUCAUAACCCUCCAAAACAGAUGGUCUAGAAAUUCAAUAACCAGAGAGUAUUCCUCCCUUCUAGAAACAUAAACAAACUUUCCCAAUCAAGGUUGGGGGAGGGGGGGGAGGAGUAUCAGCUCCUUGUCAAUUUAAUUGGUGAUGUCAGUACCCUGGUAACAAAAACAAAGGGGGUGGUAAGGGUUGUAUGUCACAGCUGGAGACCAAGCAGUGUCAACAAAAACUAGGUCAACACACAGGCUAUAAGAAUAUUAAAGAUUACAUAUACUUGCAUUAAGACCAGUUUAUUUUAUCAAAUUGUAAUUAAUUUGAAUUUCAUGAAAGAAGAACUGAGUAACUAUGUUUUUAAGAACCCCAUUUAAAAAAGAAUCUUAAUCUUUUUUGUCUGAAAACAAAUAGUUUCAUGCAGAUAUCAGGAAUUUUAUUUUGUGUGCUGUUGAUCUCAGCAUUGCAUGGGGACAUUAGCUAACUCUGGUAUACAUAUGCCAUCUAAUCAUUUGUUAUUUGUGUGUGAUAUUACACUUUACUAAUAUUCAGAUAGUUUUAUAAUUAGGUAAGGGCUUUAUUUCUUUAGCAGGGCUUGUAAUAUUAUUUCUUAAAGUCGAGUGUGGAGUAAAAGACAUAUUUUAGAUACAUGUUUGGGAGUUGGGCUUUGGCUUUGUCACGCAUGGUGCCAGAAUGUCAAACUUCUGCAUGAGUUUUUUAAAGUUUUCAAACAGUUUUGACCCAAACAAGCCUGGGAGGCUGAAAUAUAAUGCACCUUUGAUCAAAUUAAAUAGUGAAACAAGAAACCGCACUUACCUCAUUGAAAGGUUUAUGACUUUAAAUUGCUAUGUUAAAGUUUAUGAAAAGCAUUGAUGUCUUAAAACUUAAAUAGCACAACCUCACAUACAAAAUCUUAAAUAAGCAGGUUAAUUUGACUUAAUAAAUUGCCAAAAGUUUGGGAUCUCACCAGCAUUAUUUUUAGUUGUACACUGUUUCGACACAGCAAGCUGUGCUGCACACAUUCUCAAGGCCAGAAACAAAAUGCUGUAAAUAAAUUUUUGACUGUUAAGUUAAUUACUUUAUGCACUACUUUUGGAUUCCCCUUCUGUUUUUAGGUUGUGGUGCUGUAUUGAAACCUGAUGGACUCAAUCAAACGAUUUUACAAUGGUAUAUAAAUAUUCAUGUCCUGUUGCUUUUUUAAAAUUAUUUUUAAACAAAUUAUUUUCGCUUGGCUUGGUUUUUAUUUUUGGUUCCUUGUUUCACACUAUCUUGUUUACUGCUAACACUUUAAGCUGCAAGAGUUGUUUUUUCUGGAAAUACUAACAUUAUUUUCUAACUGAAAGUAUAUCGUGAUUUAAACUCAUUUCACUACUAUCAACCUUGACAGCACCAUAAUGUAUGUAAAAUUGAGUAAUUAAAUUCUUUUUCUUAUGAGUUUGAGCUGUCAGUUUUAAACAUGUGUUGUUCACAACAACCGCUUUUAAUGAAAUGAGCGUUGAUAGGAAAAGCUUAAAUAAGAUAUUCAUGACCUCGAUGUAAAGAUAAAGUUUACAUCGAGGCCGUAGGCAUAAGGACAAGAGAGUGAAUGAAUUUGACUAAGGGAUUUAAAAUCUUCUAAAUGUAAUCUAUUAAGAAAAAUGUCCUUAUCUCUGUUGUAAACCAUGAGUAAGUUUUCAAAUGAAUAUUUUUUUCAAAUUCAGAUCAUUCCAUCCCUUUUAUACGUAAUGAAAAAAAAAGGAUUAUUUGCUGAUGAAGACUCUUCUGAAAUACAACCUUAUUGGAAGUUGUUGGUUUUAUUUUUAUUUCUUUAGAGAUCCUUAAGUAUCACAUUAUCAGUCUUUAGGAUACAUCGUUUUUAAAAUGAAACUGAAUUUAUAAGAAAUUUGCUUAUUCUUCUCUAUACUGCUAAAAUAUAGUGUACAAGCACACAGCUGCAGUAGUUAGAAAUAAAUAUAGGCAAUGAUUUGUUCACUUUAACAGACUUUAUAUUCUGCUUAUAUACAUACAUAUAUAUAUAUAUUUGUGUGCUAUCUUUCAAUACAUGCUCAUUUUGAUCAUUGUUUUGUGUGCUUGUUUUUUUUGUUUUGUUUCUUUUCUUUGUUUUUUUGUUGUUUUUUUUUUGUAUUGAUACUUGUAAAAUGAUACUGUGACAUUAUCCCUCACAUUCUUUCAUAUAACAUGGCAUUAGCACAUAUUAAAACUUUCCUUAUAUCCAUUUUUUGGCCAUCAGUAGAAUGCUUUAUUUUUUAAAAGGUUGGAUUGUACAACCGUGUGUGGGCUCUGAGACAAGGAAUCUCACAUGCAUUUUGUUUUUUAUUAGUCUUAGCAACCUAGAGAAAUAACAUGCAGUUUAGUUUAUUAAAACACAUUCUUUUUAAAGAUUACAUCACUUCUUUAUUAGAUACUUAUCAGGUUUUGCGUAUCUGAUAUAUUUUACUAUGGACUUUGAGAGUAGCUGACAUACUUCUCUAUGAACUUCAAAAUGUAGUCCACUGAAGAAAAAAAAAGGUAAAAUAUGACAGGUAAUAAUUACUUGUCAUUCAAACAACAAACCAAAAUAGACCUGUGAGGACCAAAAUAGAACUAAGUUGAACUGUUUCACUGUUCAUGUUUAUUAUUUAAUCAAUGGAGUUGUAGAUCUGAGCUAUGAAGUCUAGUUAUGACCUAGCUCAUGAAAGUGAAGAUCGUGUGGUCAUGCUGCCUGGUAUUGAAGAGGAUACUUCACUGGUUGCAAGGGCCACUCAGCGAGGCUAUCAUGCACUUGGGGUUGGAAGGCCUGAGUAUUGUCGCCUCAACUAUUCCCUUUGGAAGCUUGUUCCAGUCCCUAAUUAUCUUUGACAGGAAUGGGCAGUUCCUGUACUGUUUCUUGCUAUUAUGAGCUGGAAGUGCCUGUCAUGACCUCAUCGCAGUAAUCAUGCCCUUUUCAACAAUUAUAACAUAUAUGGUCCCACUACGUGAUCCAGGUGUACGAUUCAUUAAAUGGGACAACUUGUUAAUGAGCCAGCAGGAAAUUUCUGAGAACCAGCACUGGUUGCUGAAACACCACUCCAUUACAACACAAAUGUUUUCAUUAAAGAGAAGCAUAUUUUCAACUAGUAUUUACAUUUGAAUUGUCACUAAAUAUUCUCAUUAAGUUACUGGAGUUUACUCCAUUCCUACAUAAGCAGACUUUAAAGGAUUCAAUGGAACUGGGGUUUAUUCCAAUCUUACUUAAGUAGACUACAGGAUUCAAUGCAACUGGAGUUUACUCCAAUCCUAAAUAAGUAGACUUUACAGGAUUCAAUGGAACUGGAUUUUACUCCAUUCCUACAUAGGUAGGCUUUACAGGAUUCAAUGGAACUAGAGGUUUCAUUAAUCCUCCGUAAGUAAGCCUUACAUGAUUUAUUGGAACUCCUGAAGCUAAUAAAAACACUUGACUGGGUGACAGGGGCUUGUUGUAAUUCCUAGAUAAACAGCACCUUGGUUCUACAAAGUGAAACCACAUUACCGGUACAGUAAAUAAGAGGUUUGUAAAGGAAUUACAAGAAUUUCAGGCCUUGUAGUCAUUGGCAAAGUUUCAGGUUUUUAUCAAAUGGUAUUUAUUGAAGAAUAACAUUUGGAAUGGUUGUUAGCUCAAAGAAUGAUGUUUCAAAAUUCAUUGAUAUGUUAUAUGUAAGCCUUGAAAAAAUAAAAUCAUUUUCAGAUCAAUUUAGAAAAUAAAUUUAAAAUGGUUAUUAAAAUUGUUAACAUACCUCAAAAACCAUAUUUUAAAACCUAGUCUUUAAAAAUGAAUCAACAAAUAUUUUCAUAUGUUUUUGUUUCUUUUUUCAUCCUCUCUCCUUACUUGUACUGAUGUACAAUAGUGUAUAUUAUAUAUGUCGUUGAUUAUGUUUUCCCAUACUCAAAUAUUGAUUGUCAUUUUUUUUCCUUAGCAUAAAAGGAUUUAAUAUUAAUUUAAAAUCAAUUAUUUAUUAUAAGAUAGGAAAUACUACAAGAUAAAGCUGUUACCAGCUAAAUUAUUAAUUUUUUUUUUAAGCUUAUCUAAUGAUAGAAUUAGGAUUGCAAUUUAUAAGAUAAGAUGUGUGUUUGUGCAUAUUUGAUUUUACCAAUUUCAUUGCAGUAUGUGAUCUCACUAUAUCCUCUUUCCACAUCAUUUAGAGAGAUAUUUUAGAGGUCUUGUGUUUAAAUUUUUUUUAAAAAGUAAUUUGUUGUCUUGGUUUAAAAUAUGUACUUAUUUAUGUGCUGAAAAUGAAUAUGUACAAUGUAAUAAAAAAACAUUUCCAUUUAUUUGGAUCAAUAAAGAAUCUUAACUUAUUAUACCCCCAGUAUCAAAUGUGUGGUGUAAGAUAUGGGAGAUUCAACUACUGAGGGUCUUAGACAGCGCACUAAGCAAAUAACCUCUGGAAUGGUCCCACGGAUUAUGACCUACCCAGAAAACGAGGGUCCUCUCCCAGGUACUUCCACAGAGGCAGACACAACUGAGCUUUGUGAAUUGACCAAUGGUAAAAACAAUAUUAGAGAUGCAGUUUCCGGCCACGCUAGGGCCAAUGGAGUGGCAGGGAACAUAGCAGAGUCUAGUGUGGACAGGGAACCAGAUCACGAAGAAGAAUGCAGCGGGGCAGAAGAUGAUCACCAAAGCCUGUUACCAUCCGGAUCAGGCAGGGACAAUGAGGUGACCAUAGUUGAUGAGGUAAGGUUAUGAAUUGAGUUGUUUGGGAAUUCCCUUUUUUUUUUUUAAAUUUCUGUUGCACAAACCUGCACCUAUUGAAAGGCUAAGUCAAAAUUGUGGUGAAAUGUCAAGCUAGCAUUCCAUUUUACAUCAGCCUGCUGAGUGAUAUUUUUGUUUCAUCUCCAAGAUGCUGUCCUUAAAGUAGACUUGAAGAAUUUCAAGUAGUGCUUUAGGCAGUGAGGCCACCCAGGCAUGCAACUUAUCAGCUUUAAACUAAUGGCUGUCCUGCCUCACAAACACCACCAUAUGUUGAACUGAAAUUUAUCCGCCAUGAGUGCAUGGGUGAUGGCAAAGACCAUAAGCCUUACCUGAAUACCAAUUAAAAUGUCUUUAUUGCUUAAAAAUACAUUCUGAAAGCAGGCUGCCAUUUGUGUUGACAAACUAUGGAAGUUUUGGAGGGACUAUUUUGGCUUGGGGUUUAUUUUGUCAUUUACAUGAUAGCGGACGAAGAAGGGGGUCUUUUGAGGAUUAUAUAAAUUGCUACACCGGUGGCAUGGAUUGGGUCUUUGGGAAGAGGCUGAAGGCGCUUGUGCUGAGGUCUAGAGCCGUGACAAGGCAGGUCACAGAGAGGCAGGUGUCCCGGUCGCGCUCAAGGAUAAGAGCUCAGUCUAGAAGAAGAUCUCUUUCCACUGAGCAGAGAAGGAGAGUUGGUACAAGGAGAGAGGAGGUGAUGUUGGGUGUAUUAUAUUAAAUUAUGUUUUACCUGACCUGCCUUUCCUCUGUUGCCUUUAAGUUUUUAUUUUACAACAAUUUGAGAUAUCAAAGUAAUCGGCAAAGUUUUAAUUUUGCAUUGGCAAAGUAACGUAUAUCAUUGACAAGUUUAGCAUCAUUGAUACUUGAACAGUCCAAAUUAAAUAAAAAUAGCAAUUAUUUCAGGGGCUGUUGAAAUAUCUUUAUCUGUCACACUUGAUAAAUCCUAAGUCUUUAAUAAUGCAAGGAAGACUGGAAACAAUUUUAACAGGCAUCCUUCAUUUAACAUGUACUAAAAGCAGUUUAGUGUAUUGCCCAAGCAUUUGGCCGACAUGAAAAAUUACCCAAAAAAUGGCAAUUUGACCCACAGGACAUCAAAACUGACCGUUACAGGACAUCAAAAUUGACGGUAAUGGGAUAUCAGAAUUAAUAGUAAUUUGGCUGAAAAGACAUUAAGUUUAUUUUUUUUGUUUAAAGUAUUACUUGAAAGUCAUUGAUAGUUCUUUGGACAAAUCUCUAGGUUCACAUUGUGGGUUGCAAAAAAAAAAACUACAAUGGGAUAAUCAACUAAAGUCCUCCAAUGGAACACAUCCAAAUAUUUGCUAAUCCACGUUCCUAUUCAGUUAUUUGAGGCUUUUUGUUUCAAAGAAGUAACAAUAAACUACUUUGAUGAAAUGAUAUCUCAUUGGUUAGGGCAGAGUGAAGGCAGGGCUUAUUAGUUUGUCCUUAGUAUGUACCAAAGUGCUUGUGUCCUAACAGAGAGAUGGCCUCAACAUCAACGCACUCAUACAGUCUCUACCAGGCGAGGAGUCUUCCCUCAGUAUCAUUUCCCAAGUGUCCUUACCCUUCAUCAUUGCAGGCUAUGGAACAGUUGGUGCUGGGAUGGUGUUGGACAUUGUACAGGUAUGCGGCUGAAUCUUGUCCCACUGGUGCAUUGAUUAUAGUAUAGAGAUGGUUUCGGUUGUUGUACAGCUAUACUGCUGACUUAGGCAGUUUGGUGGAGGGGGGGGGGUGGCGGUUUCCUAGCCCAAAUUAACUUUAACCUGACAGCUGAUACCUUGAUAACUUAAAAAGCCUAGCAAAAUAUUGAACAAAUCAAUAUGCCCUAUUUUAAAAUAUUUUUUAGAUUGUAUUAUCCUUGGUCAAAAAUAAUUUGUUGGGAGGGUUAAAUCAGAGAUUCCCAAACCUUUAAUACAUUUUUAGCCCUGAAAAUCUUUGGAAAUUGGGAGACGUGCUUUUUUUCUGUGCAUUAUAUUUCUCGUUUAUUUGUCGUGCUGCUCAGUGAUUUUGUUUUUGACUUGUGCCUCCCACAGCACUGGGCGGUGUUCACUCAGGUGAAGGAGAUCUUCAUUCUUGUGCCAGCUUUGCUGGGCCUCAAAGGGAACCUGGAGAUGACCUUGGCAUCAAGGCUCUCCACGCAGGCUAAUCUAGGUCACAUGGAUUCUAGGAAGGAACUUUUGAAAAUGGUUGGGGGCAAUCUGUCAUUGAUUCAAGUAGGUGUUGUAUUCACAUUACCAGCAAUCUUGUCAACAACAAAAUGUCUAACAUGCACAUAAAUCUUGUCGAGCCUUAACCAUUGGCCAGUACCUGCUGAUCAGGCUCACUCAUUACUUCCUUGAUUUCACAAUGGCUUAAAAAAACUUAAUGAUAUUGUCAUUAAGGAUUAUUUCCUAAAUCUAUAUUAUUAAAAGAUUUUCAUAUGUUUUUAUUAUUUAUUUAUUUUUUGUAUAGCCAUGAAUGAAAUGAUUUUGGCUGAAAUGCACAGUCAAAGAAGAGACAAUGCUACUUGGGUGGUUUAAAUAAACAGAAAAUUUGGCAGCUGUAGACAUAAUACUUUGAGUGGCAUUGUUUAGCUUCAAAACCUAAAUAUUUCACUCAGAUUAGUUUCAGUUUGUAACAAUGUACACUACAAUGUAACGAGUUUGCUUAACUUUUUGGAAAAAAAAUAAUAAAAUUAACAACAGCUCUAUUUCAAUUGAACCCCAAAAUUAAGGAAAUAAUUUAUUGAAUAGGCAACCCUGGUAUAUUGGUAUACAUAUAAUAUAUAUAUAUACCAGGGUUGCCUACUAAAUGAAAAAAGUAUAUUUCUCUAUAGAUGUGUUAUCUCUGUCCGUCAGGCACAAGCCAUAGUGGUUGGCUUCCUUUCCUCCAUUACUGCAAUGGUGCUGGGCUGGAUCCCAAAGGGGGAGUUCAACAUACACCAUGGUUUACUACUCUGUGCUUGUAGUGUGUUUACUGCAGCUUUGGCCAGCUUAAUCUUGGGUGAGUGGCUACUGGAUCAUCCAGAGCAGUGCUUUUUUCAAAUUGUAUAUAGUGUGAUGUACCAGCAAUAUUUUAUUUACAGUGCAUCAGGUGCCAGUUACGGAAAAAAAAAUUUUUUUUAUAAUAUUGAUCGUUUUCAAAAUUUAUACAAAUAAAUUUCGCUGGUGGUCUUCAGAACACCACUUUGAGAAGCUUGGAAUCGGGCAGUUGUUCCUGUCUUUUAGUAUAAUGUUGCCAUGUGUCGUUGGUCAAGAUUUUUUUCUGUCCAAUGACAGAAACAAAAUGAAGUAUGAUGUUUAGCCUUAUAGACGUGUUUCCUGUGUCUGCAGAGAUCUUGUAUAUUUCUGAAGUGCUCCGUGUCCGCUCCAGGAUAUUAAAUAACAUCACCAACUUAUAAAACAUAUGGUUAUGCCCAAGGGGCUCUUCUAUAGUAUUUAUUCUUAAAAGGGCUCCACAAGCAAAAUAGGUUGUGAACCACUGCUUUAAAGCAAUCAGAACCACAUGUUGCUUUUUGGUGAUAUUAUUUAAAAUCUUGAAAGCAGACAAGUCCAUGUUAUUAAAAAUUCAUUGGCAAAAGUUUUACAAAAACUUAAUGACAGGGCAGAUAAGGAAUAAUGUAAAGUUGUUUCAAAUGAAAUAUGUAUGUGUGAGAUAGGAAAGAUGGCUGACAUUUUAUUGAUUGGUAUGAGAUUGGGAAGAUGUUUGACAUUUUAUUGAUCAGUUUUAGUAUGAAUUAUUGAUGCAAUACCAAAGACUUAAGAUAUCUAUUUAAAGUAUAUUGUUGGUCAGCAUGAACUCCAUUGAUCAUCAUUUGAUUAAUAUCUUGAUUUCCCUAGUUACAUUCAACUCAAUGACUCCACUGUUUCAGGUAUCAUCAUUCAACUCAAUGACUCCACUGUUUCAGGUGUCAUCAUUCAACUCAAUCAUUCCACUGUUUCAGGUGUCAUCAUUUAACUCAAUGACUCCACUGUUUCAGGUGUCAUCAUUCAACUCAAUCAUUCCACUGUUUCAGGUGUCAUCAUUCAACUCAAUGACUCCACUGUUUCAGGUGUCAUCAUUCAACUCAAUCAUUCCACUGUUUCAGGUGUCAUCAUUCAACUCAAUAACUCCACUGUUUCAGGUGUCAUCAUUCAACUCAAUCAUUCCACUGUUUCAGGUGUCAUCAUUCAACUCAAUGGCUCCACUGUUUCAGGUGUCAUCAUUCAACUCAAUCAUUCCACUGUUUCAGGUGUCAUCAUUUAACUCAAUCAUUCCACUGUUUCAGGUGUCAUCAUUUAACUCAAUCAUUCCACUGUUUCAGGUGUCAUCAUUUAACUCAAUCAUUCCACUGUUUCAGGUGUCAUCAUUUAACUCAAUCAUUCCACUGUUUCAGGUGUCAUCAUUUAACUCAAUCAUUCCACUGUUUCAGGUGUCAUCAUUUAACUCAAUCAUUCCACUGUUUCAGGUGUCAUCAUUUAACUCAAUCAUUCCACUGUUUCAGGUGUCAUCAUUUAACUCAAUCAUUCCACUGUUUCAGGUGUCAUCAUUUAACUCAAUCAUUCCACUGUUUCAGGUGUCAUCAUGGUGCUUGUGGUCCUCCUUUCCAGGUAUUUUAAAAUCAACCCAGACAACGUGGCAACACCUAUAGCAGCCAGUCUGGGUGACCUGGUAACAUUGUCAAUCCUGGCCUGGGUGGGGAAUCUCCUCUAUGCUGCUAUAGGUCAGUAUCAGGACACUGAAUUUUUUGUAACAGGGGUUUGGCCACCUUCCUCAUAAUAUUGUGCAAAAGUAGGACUUCUCCAUUCAGAUUAAACCAACAACCUCUAAGUGAUUUAAGUUUGCCUUAUGAGGCACAUUUUGUCAUCAUUUAUUAUUAUUUGUUAAUUUUAUUUGUUAAAACCUGUCAUGAAUAUGAUGUCAUGUCAAGUAUGUGAUGAUAUGUAUCUGGUGUGAUAUGGGAUGUCAAGUAUGUGAUGUCAUUUAUGAUGUAGGAUGAUGGGAUGUCAAGUGUAAUAUGUCAUUUAUGAUGUAGGAAGAUUGGAUGUCAAGUAUAUGAUGUCAUUUAUGAUGCAGGAUGAUGGGAUGUCAAGUAUAAGAGACAUGUAUGUGCUGUGAUCUAGGAUGAGUGUGAAUACUAUAAUUUAAUAUUUAUAAGUACACUAUCUUCAUUUCUCUGAUACUUGUUUCUAUGCAACUCUCUAUCCUACGCUACAACUACUAGGAACAUAUACAACAUAGGCUGGGUCAGAAGAACUUGCUUGAAAUGUGUCCUAUCAAAACUGCUUAGCUGAGCCAUGAAAAAUCUCUAUGAAAAUAACAAAAACUCUAAUGAAGACCUUCCUUUUGAUAUCUCUCACCUCUCGAUUUCCCUCUUGUGUUCCCCCCCCCCCUGACCACAGACACAUGACCUUGUCUAGCUUUGAUGCCCUCUAAUGACUAUACUUUAAUCUCAGUGAUUCUGAUUCUGACACCUUGACCCCAUCCUCACGCAAACAGCUUAAUAACAAAAACUCUAAUGAAGACCCUCCUUUUGAUAUCUCUCACCUCUCGAUUUCCCUCUUGUGUUCCCCCCCCCCCCUGACCACAGACACAUGACCUUGUCUAGCUUUGAUGCACUCUAAUGACUAUACUUUAAUCUCAGUGAUUCUGAUUCUGACACCUUGACCACAUCCUCAGGCAAACAGCUGUGGUUGGCACCCACCAUCAUUGUCUUCUUCCUGGUGUUGCUGCCUCUUUGGGUUGUGAUCUGUGUCAAAAACAAAUACACCAACGAUGUCAUACAUUCUGGCUGGGUGCCGGUCCUCAGUGCCAUGCUCAUCUCCAGGUGGGACUCUUUAGUUUUAUUUCAAGGCUACGUCUGAUCAUGCUCAACUCUGAAUUUAAAGAUUUGACAGAGGCUCUGAAGGGGAUGUACAAAUUACUGUUUUCGGGUAUAUACGAAGUUUUACGUACCCCCGCACCCAUAGUGCAUCUUAUGUAAAUUAUUUUUACACAAAUCGUCUAAACCUACAUCUUAUAAAUAGGUGCGUCUUAUAAUUAGGUAUGCUAAGCAAAUUGAUCUCAUUUAUAUAUUCACAUAACUUGAGACUAUUCCCACAUCUAUAUAUGCUAACUGAACACUUUGGCCAUUAAUUGGUUUAUUGGUCUAUGUACGGUUCUAAUCCUACUUGUUGAAGACUUGGCCUAGCAGAUCAAUGAAGCCGCCUUUACAUCUGGCGUUUAUUGUUUCUAAAAGAAUCUGGAUAUCAGAUACUCAACCCAGAUGGCAGAAAUGAAUAAUAAUCGUUGCGGUUCUGCCUCAGACAAUUCUUUGAUCUACCGUCAAACUAAAAAAUGGUAGUGAAGCCUUGUUUACAUCCGACGGGUGAUGAAACAUUGGACAAAUUUUUAAUUUAUGAUAUAGGAAAGGAAAACACUGGAUAUAAAUUGCUCAGUGCGGCAGAUGGCUCGGCCGCGUGCAUCUUAUGUAAAAAUUUUUUGCACAAAUCGUCAAAACCUGCAUCUUAUAUACAGGUGCAUCUAAUAAUUAUAUGCGUCUUAUGUGCUGGAAAAUAUGGUACAUUUUUAUAUUUUUAAGAAAUGUUCUACAUUAAAAACAAAGUAGAACCGGCCAAGCCUUGACAGAUAUCUGCUACUUUGGGCAGCCUGUGAUAGAUGAGGUUUGUUCUUACACCACAUGUCUCCUACUAAAGAAGAUAUACCAAGGCUGUCACAGUGUGAGAGCAGACAAUGCAAAGCUCACAGAUGGGAUCAUAUUUGAUGGGUUGUUUAAGUCAAAGCAAUUUCAUUAAUAUAUUCGUUAUUUUUGUUCUGAACAAAGAACAAAAUAAAAAUUAGAUCUAUGUGUGUUAGCUAUAGUCAACCAAACAAUGAUGGCUGCAAUGUGUGAACUUCCGGUCUGCCAAAUUUACUUGAAAAAAGAUUAAUUCAAGUAACAAACUUUAAAAGAAUCCCAAUCAGUGUUAACCUCCCCUCCUCACACACACACACAAAAAUACUUUUUUCAUUUUCCUCAACUAAAUUAAUAUUCUAAUGUCCCACUCACUUUUACACAAGAUUUAUUACAUCCUAUUUAAAUUGAGACUUUUUUGGUACAAGAAAAUUAAAUAUUACAAACCAAAUGCUCUAGCUGCGUUUUUUUAAGAAUUUCCUUCAGCACAGUUAUUGGGAAUUGUAAUUUGUGUCUAUUGAACUCACCAUGACACCAUACAUACCUAGAGAGUUAUGUUGAUUCAUUGUGAUGGUUCUCAGCACCAUUUGUUGUGCAACAUCCUAACCAGUCCAUGGUAAUGAUAACAUUGACAUGACAGUGUACUAACUAGUCCAUGGUAAUUUCAAGUUGGUCUAUCAAUACCUAGUCAUUGGUUUGAUGUGUUCAUUGUUUUCAGUUUAGGCGGUUUGAUACUGGACUACACAGUAGCAAACUAUGAUGGGAUAGCAGUAUUUCAACCUGUUAUAAAUGGUGAGUUCAACAUUUUCUUUUAUGGAAAAUUUAGAUUGGUUUCUCUAAUGGAAAAUUGCACUUUUCCCUUUAUGAGGGGUAAAAAAAAAUUUUUAAUUGUAAAAUGUUCUAAUUCACCAAAAAAUAAAACAAUAAUUCAUUUUUGGGCAUUAGGAACUUUUGCUUUACGGAAAGUAACAUUUUUUAUUUUAUUUGCAUUGAACAAUUUAUAAGUAUUGAUUAUUUCAUUGUUCAGGUCUUCCCUAAACUUGACCCGUCCUGUGGCCUUGGGCAGUUAAAUUUUUCUGACCGCCGUGUAAUUUACUUGCUUUUGGUACUGAUUUCACUCAAGUCAAACCUUUAAAGCUUGAGCCUUCCAAAGGAAAUGACUCUUUGUAUUAGUUAGAUACAUCUAAGUGACCUGUUUGCUACCCUUCUUAUUUCCUCAGGUGUUGGUGGCAAUCUUGUUGCCGUCCACGCCAGCAGAAUAAGCACAUCCCUGCACAUAUCGGGGAGGCCAGGGGACAGGAUCAGGGACGGUCGACUUAAAGGGUGCCUUAAUAUAUUCAAAGUAUUUUUUGGAUCAGGUCAGGAGGCUUGAAAUAUUUUAUUCUAAACUAAAAAUUAACAAGGAGAAAUAAAUGCUCUGGGCAUUAAGAUUUACAUAGCAAGUAAUUUUAGCUGUUGAAAUUUGGAUUUUUAUUUAUGGAUUAUACAGAGAAAAUGAACUUUUUAAAAUAUAAUUUAAUGUAAACCUUCUAAAAUUUGUAAGUGAUUAUACAUAGCCAUUUGUUUGUAUGUUUAGAAGCUCCUGCUAAUUAACAAUAUAUUUAUUUUAGAUGUAUUCAUUUUUAAUUUUAGAUGUGUUCAUUUGUAAUUUAUUUGAUGUAUUCAGUUGUAGUUUUUUUUUUAAUGUUUUAAUUUGUCAUUUUAGAUGCAUGCAUUUGUAAUUUUGUAUGCAUUCAUAUGUAUAUAUAGAGAGAGAGAGAGAGAAUACUUAAACUGGUUCUUAGGUUGUAAUAUAAAAAUUUGAAGUACUUUUAACAUCUCAUACGUUUGUAUCCUUUCCCCCAGGUGUCCACGCUAGGGCGGCAAGGGUACUUACUGUGUUGGUCGUCCCGGGGCACUUACUUUUUAGCUUCACAAUCUUUUACCUGAAGGCUGGCCAUACGUCCAGUUCCUUUUUGUUUCAGACCUUCUACCUGACAGCCGCCCUGCUGCAGGUUAGUAAGCAUGUGUUGACUUCUUUGACAGGUCACCCUAAGACAAGUCACUUUAAGACAGGUCAGAGGGAUGUUAACAAUGUGUUCUAUAUUGAUUAUGGUCAAUACCUGAUUCAGAUGUUUCUGUUGAAUCUUGGACAUACAGCUAAUACUUGAGUAUAAUAUGGGCAUUGCAGAGUGUCAACUUAAAUUAAGUUGAAUAGUUUGUAUUGGGGUUUUUAUUGUCGUAUUACAUGUGAAUGAAAUCAAUUUAAAACAAGAGUAUCUGAGUUGAUUGAUUACAACCAUCUGUGCAUUGUGUGUGGAAGGGGGGGGAGGGGAGUGUUUGGCUUGAAUGCACUGGACUGUGUGUGGGCGGGGUAGUUUUAAGCAUGGAUUUGAUUGAGUGCAGUGAGGCCAUGUGAUCAAAUGUAAUAGCCUGCAUUGUCUGCAUUGUCACACCUGCUUUAAAAUGGUUUUUAACCGACUUGUUAUUGUUGGCCUGUUUUGUCUGAUAAGCUAGUGCAUAUUCACCAGCCUAAGCCUCCCUAUUGACAUCUUUUCUAGUAUAUUAAAAAUUGCUUUGAAACUAUUGCUUCUCCCCCCAGGUGAUACUGCUGAUUUACAUUGCCUCCUGGAUGGUUCCGCUAAUCUGGGCCAAGGGGGCCGAUCCAGACAACGUGGCCAUUCCAUAUCUGACGGCGAUCGGUGACCUUCUUGGCACAGCUUUUCUGGCUCUUGCAUUCCAUUUCAUGUACCUGUUGGGUGACAGAGACGCUGAUGUGUCUGACUAGCAUUUAAAUAAGGGGUUUAAUUAACUUUUAACAAAUUGCCUGUGUGAUGUUGUUGUUUGUUCAACUUUAGUGUUGAUGCAUGGUGACGUUCCUGUAACAAGAUAUUUUUCAAAUGGUGUUUUUGCUGAGUUGCCUACGAUUUUAUGACUUCUUUGAUUUGAAUGCCAAGCAGUUCACUCAUGGAGUCUGUGUAUUAUAGCAUUACCGAUGUUUCCACUGUGAUAAAUUUUGCAUUACGAUGGUUGAUUUCAUGAUGAGGGCGGGAUUUUUUGGUGAAUACAUUUUUAUCCACUUUAACUCUUACUGAAACAUUUAGUUGACAAUGUAUUAAUUAUACUCUACAGCGAUUUCAUAUUGUGUUUUAAUAAUCAUGGUCUUUAUUUCUAUCAAUCUACUUACUACACCAAUGACAUGGAUUCAAUCACAGGGUUGGUACAAUUAUCUCAUUUUAGACUUAAGAGUUUCUAAUUAUAGCUCCUGACCCCCAUCGCCCUUACCUGUCUAACUUAUAUUAGGGUUUUUUUGUGCUUACUUUGCUUAACUCCCAUUUACUGAUGCUUAUAAAGUUUAAAAAUAUAGCUAAACUUAAAGGAAAGUAAUUUUUAAUUUUUCAUAAUUGCUCCGGUUCAUUAAAGUUGAUUUAGUUGAUAACUUUGGACAAAGACCCUGAUGAAUCUUGAUAUCCAGGAAACCUGUGAAACCAGGUGUCAGCCCUCAUCAUCCCUGCAAUAAAGUUUGACAAUGUAGACAGUCAUCUGACAUUUUUUCAAAGGUUUUAAAACAAAGAAAAGAAAAGCUCAUGGUCCUGAACAUGUUUUGUUCUGAUUUGAUAAAACACUCCACUGUUACCACACACAUACAUACAGUGAAUGUCAAACACCCCCCCCCCCUGUGCUGCAUCUACCAGUCAAUAUUAACCACCAACACUGUCUCAUAACAUGCUCAGUGAAUUAGCCUUUCCAUCGCAGCAUAUGUCUCUAACAUUUUUUGUUCUGAUUUGAUAAAACACUCCACUGUUACCACAAACAUACAUACAGUGAAUGUCAAACACCCCCCCCCCCCCUGUGCUGCAUCUACCAGUCAAUAUUAACCACCAACACUGUCUCAUAACAUGCUCAGUGAAUUAGCCUUUCCAUCGCAGCAUAUGUCUCUAAUGGUCAGUUAAAUAUUUCUUGAAAAUAUAAUUCAGAGCUAUUCUUACAUUUGUAUUUAAAUGAUAAAGAAACUGACCAAUGGAAAUUGUGAAGUUAACAUUUUGGAAGGCUUUAGUUCUUACUGUAUACAUGAAAGUUUCAGUUCAAUUUUACAGAUUUCAGCUACUUUAACAUCUGCCGUGUACUUUGUGUCAAACUUUAUAUUUUAUCACUCAGCAUGAUGAAAACAAUAAAUGGUAUGGACUAGCUUUCAUGGGAAUCGUGUUCAUUAAUUAACCCUUUCUUUAAAUGCCUUUUGUCUUUAAUAAUCCAUUAUAUUAUUGCAUUAAUUAUUUUAACAACUUACAUGUAUUUUAACCUACAUUAAACUUACC